AUGGUUGGUGAAGGAGGCCAUAUAGCUGCGCACGAGAGGACGGAUCAUGGGCCCGUGGGGGACGGAAGUCUCUUGAUGGAAAUUGUUCUUGAAGUUAUGGACAGGCAGGGAGGAGGCCGCAACCCGGCAGAGCCAGACACUUGCGCGGGCGGGACGGAAGGGGGAUAUGUGACAAAGGUGUCCUCAGCGGGCGUUACUGGGACCGUUGUUGAAGCUGGGAGGGAGGCCAGGGUGGAUGUUUCAACCAAAGCGGCGCCAAGCCCGGCUGGAGGCUAG